GAAAAGACACUGAAAAAUGGUGGUGUUUCAUAAAAUGUCACCCAACGAGACACUCUUUUUGGAAAGUACCAACAAGAUUUACAAAGAUGACAUUUCCAAUAGCUCCUUUGUGAAUUUCCAAAUAUGGGAUUUUCCUGGGCAAAUGGACUUUUUUGACCCAACUUUUGACUAUGAGAUGAUCUUCAGGGGAACAGGAGCAUUGAUAUAUGUCAUUGAUGCACAGGAUGACUACAUGGAGGCUUUAACAAGACUUCACAUUACUGUUUCUAAAGCCUACAAAGUUAAUCCAGACAUGAAUUUUGAGGUUUUUAUUCACAAAGUUGAUGGUCUGUCUGAUGAUCACAAAAUAGAAACACAGAGAGACAUUCAUCAAAGGGCCAAUGAUGACCUUGCAGAUGCUGGGCUAGAAAAACUCCACCUUAGCUUUUAUUUGACUAGUAUCUAUGACCAUUCAAUAUUUGAAGCCUUUAGUAAGGUGGUACAGAAACUUAUUCCACAACUGCCGACCUUGGAAAACCUAUUAAAUAUUUUUAUAUCAAAUUCAGGUAUUGAAAAAGCUUUUCUCUUCGAUGUUGUCAGCAAGAUCUACAUUGCAACAGACAGUUCCCCUGUGGAUAUGCAGUCUUAUGAACUUUGCUGUGACAUGAUUGAUGUUGUAAUUGAUGUGUCUUGUAUAUAUGGGUUAAAGGAAGAUGGCAGUGGAAGUGCUUAUGACAAAGAAUCUAUGGCAAUUAUCAAGCUGAAUAAUACAACUGUCCUUUAUUUAAAGGAAGUGACUAAAUUUUUGGCACUGGUCUGCAUUCUUAGGGAAGAAAGUUUUGAACGAAAAGGUUUAAUAGACUACAACUUCCAUUGUUUCCGAAAAGCUAUUCAUGAAGUUUUUGAGGUGGGUGUGACUUCUCAUAGGGGCUGUGGUCAUCAGACCAGUGCCCCCAGCCUGAAAGCAUUGGCACACAAUGGCACACCGAGAAAUGCCAUCUAGCCUGCAUUCCAGUGGUCGGGGCUUUGUGCCAGCUUACUCUUCACUACAGGGUCAGAUGCCACGUGCUACAGGACAUGGGAGUUGCCACUUGUGGGAAUCUGGUGCCUGUUCCACUAGAGACGAAGGGUAGAGUUUCUCAUUUGGAUGAAAACUCCUUCAACCAGUGGUCUACAACUGAAUCUACUAUUUCUUCUUUUUAAAAAAUGACAAAAAAGAAUUCCAGAGACCACAGAACUCAAGUGUGUGUUUCUCUUCUUUGGGGUCCUACUUUAAGUAGUUGGGAUAUUUUGGACUUGGAGAUAACACCACUUACCCAUCCUUACCAGGGAGUGUUGUCAUCAUUUACCAGUUGAAAAUAAUAGAACUGAAUUUUUAUAUGCUCCACUUAGGUUUUCAGUUGAGUAGUCUGUAAAAAUGCUGCUUUGCUUAAGUUCUAACACUGCCUCUCAGAUUUCAAUUUUGAACAUUGCAUACCUAAGACCUUUUAAAUGCAUUUGCUUGCUAACUCAGAAGACUCAUGGUCUGACUGCAGCAAAGGACAUUCCUGUAUUUGUUACUGAAGAAAGGAGAAACUUUUAUGUUGCAUCGGGUCAAAGGCAAGGUUCAGCAGUGGAAGCACUGAGGAAAAUAUUUUAAAACCGAAGAAAAUUUUUGCACCGGUGUUUUGGGUACCAGAUAUCUGGGUUCUUCUGCAUGAGAUGAAUGAUCAUGAUCGAUGUAGUAAGGGGAAUUUAAAAAAAUUAUUUUCCCCACAAUCUCCUCCUCCUAGGGGAGGAACUCAUUAUGUCAUUGAAAUAUUUAACUCAUUUUUCUUUAAACUUGAUACCAGCAGCUACAUACCUUUUAUUCUAAGCUAUCUAGAUUCCUUAAGUACUGCUGUUUUGUUGAUCAUGAAUGACCCUCAGGCACUGGUCCUCUAGGAGUCGGAGAGAGCACAUGGUGCUACAGACGUGUUGUUCAAAAUACUUUGUCUCCAGUAUUCUGACACCAAGUGUCAACUGUGGUACUUCCUUCGCCUAGCAUAUUCACAAUUUUUUCUUUUUGUUGUUGGUUUUUACCCUUUCUGUUGAUUUAAACUUACACAUUAUUUUUACUACUCAUGCCCAGAGGUCAUUUAUUCCAAAGCCACUGGACCACUUGAGUACAUGAGUGCCACUGUUGAAUGAAAUGUGUAUGUUCAGGUCUGUAAACUUAAUAGUGUGACUUGGAGUGCUUCCUGCAGGUGACUCUGACUGCUGAGUAUUUACAUGGACCAUGGUGAUAUCCAAAAGAAAAAUGCUUUUAUAUUUAUAGAUUAUUUCGUUGAACUAUAUAAAAUGGGUAUCAAUAAAUG